AGGCCAGCCUCCAAGCCCCGACUCCCAGGAAGUCCUCUGGGGGAAGGGCCAAGGCCCUGCCCUACUGCCUGCUCACCGCCUGCCUGGGCGACACUCCCCUUCCGCAGCUAUAAGGGCUUCGGACCGUAAGCUUCUUUACCCGGAGCCUGUCCGAACGCGGAGCCGCCUUCACCAUGGAGCAGCUGAGCACAGCCAACACCCAUUUCGCCGUGGACCUGUUCCGCGCUUUGAAUGAGGACAAUCCUACUGGGAACAUCUUCAUCUCUCCCUUCAGCAUUUCAUCAGCACUGGCCAUGAUCUUUCUGGGGACUCGAGGCAAUACUGCAGCACAGGUGUCCAAGACUCUUCAUUUUGAUAUGGUUGAAGAGAUUCAUUCAAGAUUUCAGAGUCUGAAUGCUGAUAUCAACAAACGUGGAGCUUCCUAUAUCCUGAAACUUGCUAAUAGGUUAUAUGGAGAGAAGACGUACAAUUUCCUCCCUGAGUUCCUAGCUUCAACUCAGAAAAUGUAUGGUGCUGAAUUGGCCAGUGUGGAUUUUCAGCAAGCCUCUGAGGAUUCGAGGAAGGUGAUUAAUGAGUGGGUCAAAGGGCAGACGGAAGGGAAGAUUCCAGAACUGUUGGCUGCAGGUACGGUUGACAGCAUGACUAAACUCGUGCUGGUGAACGCCGUCUAUUUCAAAGGCAGCUGGGAGGACGAGUUCCGGAAGGAAGACACUGCGAAUGCCCCAUUCCGACUGAACAAGAAAGACCAAAAAACUGUGAAAAUGAUGUAUCAGAAGAAGAAACUCCCAUUUGGCUACAUCCAGGACCUCAAGUGCCGUGUGCUGGAACUGCCUUACCGGGGCAAGGAGCUCAGCAUGAUUAUCCUGUUGCCUGAUGACAUUGAGGAUGGGUCCACGGGUCUCAAGAAGAUUGAGGAACAGUUGACUCUGGAAAAACUGCACGAGUGGACCAAAGCUGAGAAUCUGGAUUGGGUUGAAGUCAACGUCCACUUGCCCAAGUUCAAACUGGAGGAGAGCUAUGACCUCAACUCCCACCUAGCCCACCUGGGUAUAGAGGAUCUCUUUAGUCGCAAGGCUGAUCUGUCUGGCAUGUCAGGAACCAGGGAUCUUUUCAUAUCAAAAGUUGUCCACAAGUCCUUUGUGGAAGUGAAUGAAGAGGGCACAGAGGCGGCGGCCGCUACAGCAGGCAUUGCCACCUUUGCCAUGCUGAUGCACGAGGAGAACUUUGUGGCUGACCAUCCAUUCAUUUUCUUCAUUCGGCACAAUCCCUCAUCUCACAUCCUGUUCUUGGGCAGACUUUCUUCCCCUUAGAGACUGGAAAUAGGAGGUCAAGCUUAGAGCUUUGUUAGCUGCACUUUUAAUGGUGUCAAGUUUCACACAUCUUUGCCAAUACCACUACCAUCCCUAAGCAGAUCUUUAAUUUCACUUGUAAGUUCAGCUCUUUCCUCUUUACAUACACCCAUGAACUUUGGCACAGAUAUCUAUUUUCCAAUUUUUUUUUUAUAUUGACAAAGUCCAGUGAUUGAUUUUGAAUGCAAGUUAAAAAAAAAAAAAAGAAAGAAAGAAACGAGAUGUGUUAGAUUCUUGACAACAUAGUAGUCUAUGAAGUUGCUAUGCUCUUCUGGUAACCAAAGGAAACAUGGUAAUUCUGUAAUUUAUUUUACACACAGAAUUUUGAAAGCCCAAAUCAAGAGACACAUAUUGUAGAAAGGAAGCUUAAAAACGGAUAUUCAGUGGAAAUAUAGGGCCUCAAUUAAGGGCCUGGUUUAUAAAGACAAAAUUGCCUUGGCCAAGAUUUCUGAUCCCUUAUUCUACAAGAUUAGUGUUUUUGGUGGUGGUUCUUAUUCUUUCAAACUGUUAGAGCCACCAGGCUAUCCAGGUCAUAGCCUGCCUUCUCCUUUUCAUUCUCCUUUAUCCUACGUGUUGUGGCAUUGGUGUGGGAUUACAUGGAGUCAAGAAGUAGGUGUCUUAUCAUAAAAGAUGCUAAGAAAUGACAGAAAGAAUAAUAUAGUGGGAAACGCUAUUAAGCAAAGAGGGGGUGCCAAGAUCUCACUUGUUAACUGUUUUCUUGCAUGUUUUCUGAUGAAGGUUCUUGACUUCAGUCAUGUGAUACUCGUUUUUGUGGCAAUGGGAUGGCUUUAUGCAGGCUGUGGGGGGAUGUGGGGGGUGGACUCUGAUUGAUAUACAUGUACUGCUUGGAAUGAGGCUUGAAAUGCUGCAUUUUCUUGUUCCCACAAAACUAGUUGGCUGGUUAAUAAAUGUUCCUAAGAUUCUAUAAGCCGGACUCAUCUCAGUCCCCUUCUUGUUCUCUUGGAUCUUAGACAAGCCAAGAGUAAAACAGGGAGUUCUUGGCCUGAAGGAACUGACGUCCAUGAUGACAGUCAUCAGAAUAAUAAAAAAAAAAAAAACAUUUUGGCAAAUCUGUUGUUGGAAAGCUUUCCUUCCUUGUUUUCUUCUUCUGGAAGGAAAUAAGGUGAAAACUCUAAAGUCCUUACAUUGUCUGGGAAGAGAAUAGAACAGAAGCACAAUUACAAUUACAUUCUAUUUUGAUAAGUCAGGGGUGCAUGUUGUAUAGUCUAAGGUAACCACUGGAAGAAGAGUGAAAGGGUUUAUAACCAAAAAAAAAAAAAAAAAA